AUGAUGCCCCGCCGACGGAGCCGUUAUGUUAUCCUCGUCGCUGUCGUCAUGGUCUUCAUGCUGUACCAGGUCUUCAAAAACCCCGAAUGGGAUUCCACAGGUCAAUCCACCAGUAUCAAGCCCAGCGAGCCCGAAAAGGGCCAAAAUGUCCACAAGGAACCCGCGAAGCCACCCCCCGCGAACGAUCCCGCUUCCAACAAGCCCCUCAACAACCAACCGCCUCCCGAUAGCGAACAUCCCCAUGAUCAAGAGGAAGACGAGCCCGAGCAGAACCCUCAAAAGCAGACGGCCAAGCCGACUGUCAAGAUUCCUCAGCUCAAGACGGAGAAGGCCAAGACGCCCACCAACACUCUCUCUGGUCCCACACUGUCCAUCCAUGCCUACAACGACGAGGUCGAGGCUACUAAGUCGCCCGAGGUCACGAAAGCGCCCACAAAGCCUCUGGAUCUGGAAGAGGACCUCCAUGCCAAGCAGUCAAUCUCGACAUCACAGAUCCACUGGCACAAGGUUUCCGAGCACUUCCCCGUUCCAGCAGACGAAAUCAUUCCCCUCCCCACUGGCAAGCCGAAAGAUAUUCCCAAGAUCCAGUAUGACUUCAAGCCAGAGUCGGAGGCUGCCAAGACAAAGCGCGAAAAGCGCCUAGCCCUAAUCAAGGCCGAAAUGCUACGAUCCUGGGGCGGAUACCGCAAGUUCGCGUGGAUGCAUGAUGAGCUUUCGCCCGUCAGCGGCCAAAAUCGCGAUCCCUUCUGUGGCUGGGCUGCUACUCUCGUGGACGGCCUUGAUACGCUUUGGAUUAUGGGCAUGAAGGAGGAGUUUGCCGAGGCAGUCAAGGCUGUCAAGGAGAUCGACUUUACCUACAGCCCGACGCGCCGUGAUAUCCCGGUCUUUGAGACCACCAUCAGAUACUUGGGCGGUCUUCUUGCUGCUUACGACGUGAGUGGCGGCAAGGAGGGCGGCUACGAUGUGCUGCUGGACAAGGCCGUGGAACUCGCUGAAAUCUUGAUGGGUAUCUUUGAUACCCCCAACCGCAUGCCCAUCUUGUAUUACAACUGGAUGCCCGAGUACGCGUCCCAACCGCACCGGGCUACGUCCGUUAGUGUGGCAGAGCUGGGUUCAUUGAGCAUGGAAUUCACACGCCUUGCCCAGUUGACUGGUAAAGAUAAGUACUACGAUGCCAUUGCCCGAAUUACCGACGCUCUUGAGGACCUCCAGAACCGUGGCACUACCAUUGAUGGCAUCUUCCCUGAACAACUGGACGCCUCUGGCUGCAACAGGACCGCAGAAGCCAUUAUCUACCAAGAGGAACAGGCAGCGGCUGCCAGCGCCAGUGCGGCAGCUGCUCGAUUGGGCGAACCCCGGGGCUACGAACCUGUGACAGCUGAGGUCAAGCGUGACCAGACUGAUGCCUUGCUGCCGCAGGAGACUGGUGUGGCCAAGGGCAACAGUAGCGAGCCGGAAAGCAACCCGCUUGCAAAGCGGGCCGUUGGUGUUGAUCAAAAUAGCGAGCCUGUGGUCGAGAAUGCGAACAUCGAAAAGAAGCAGGCCUUCCCUGUGCCCAAGGCCAACGAGCAGCCCUUGUACCCCGGUAACAGUGGUCGCAGGCCAUCCACUGCCACGACAUCAGACACGACGCCAGACAAGUCUUCUUGGGAUUGCAUCAAGCAAGGCCUGGCCCCUGGUGGAUGGGGUAAUCAGCAGUACAGCAUGGGUGGUAGCCAAGAUUCGACCUACGAAUAUUUCCCCAAGGAAUACCUCGUUCUUGGCGGUCUAGAGCCAAAGUACAAGACGAUGCAUAUCAAGACGGUUGAAGCUGUGAAGAAGUGGCUUCUGUACAGACCCAUGGUUCCCAAGGAAAGGGACAUUCUUUUCUCCGCCAAGGUUUUGACCUCUGGCGAUCCUGAAAACGAUCUGCGAACUGAGUAUGAGGUAACACAUCUCACUUGCUUCAUUGGUGGCAUGUUCGGUCUUGGAGGCAAGAUUUUCGACAGACCUGAUGAUAUUGAGAUCGCCAAGAAGCUCACUGACGGAUGCGUCUGGGCGUACGAAUCCAUGCCCUCUGGCAUCAUGCCUGAAGGAGCCUCUGUGGUGCCCUGCGCAUCGACCAAGAGCUGCCCGUGGAAUGAGACCCUAUGGUGGGAGCACCUCGACCCGUCCGCCGACUGGCGUGAGGCACAAAUCGAGGCGUGGGAAGAGAGGCAGCGUGAGAAGAAGCACCAAAAGGAACAAGACGCUCUCCGCAAGCAAACGACUGAAAGAGGCAACAAGCCUGUUGAGAAGCCAACCGAAGAGACGACCCAGUCAGAGUCAUUCGUCGAGAAGAAAGACCCACUGACCGAUAUCCACGUUCCACAGGAUGAGCCGAAGAAGUUGGGAUCAGCCGAGAAAACAGAGUUCCCAACCCCCGAGCCUGGUCUCAACAAGUCCCCUUCAAACGUCGAUGAGCACCUCUUGAAGAAGAGAGAGCCUGCUCCACCAGUGUCUCAGGACCCCCGCAAGGGUACCGCUGAGGAGGCCGCCAGCAACACUCUGAAGGAUAAGCUCAACUUGAAUAACCCUGCAAGUACCACCGACGACAAUACCGGCAGCGUGCCCAACGAUGCACCCGUCAGUGGUGGUAUUGUGGGCAAGAUCGCCCAGUUUGAAGAGUCUCCCGACCCGAAGCCGCUCUCGCACAAGGAGUGGGUCAAGGACAAGCUGGAGCUCGAGAAAAUCCCGCCUGGCUUCGUGGACAUCAACGCCAGGCGUUAUAUUCUUCGUCCGGAGGCUAUCGAGUCCGUCUGGUACAUGUACCGUAUCACCGGAGACCCUUUGUGGCAGGAGAAGGGAUGGAAGAUGUGGGAGGCUAUUAUCAAGGCGACUCGCACCGAGUACGGCAGUAGCGCCAUCGAUGACGUCCUCUCCAAAGACCCUCAGCCUGUGGAUGAAAUGGAGAGCUUCUGGAUCGCCGAGACGCUCAAGUACUUUUAUCUCUUGUUCUCAACACCCGACGUCGUUAGCUUGGACGACUGGGUGCUCAACACAGAGGCGCAUCCGUUCAAGCGCCCUGUUUGA